AUGGCUCUCCUCGCGACGAAAGGCAUCAAGGACGAGCUGCUCGACCUGAACGAGGUUAGGAAGGCGGUCGAGACCGCGGAGAAUCGCGCCAGGUCCGAGCAGAAGAGGAACGACACCACGGUCGCUAAGCGAACGAAUCGUGUCUACGCGCGGGCACUUCAUCGCGAGGGCGAUCAACUCUACCACAGAGGCGAUUACGAGUCCGCGUUGGUGCUUUACCAUCGGGCAGCGAGUUCGUUUCCACGGGACAGCAGUCACAGCGUGGCCGCCACGCGUACCAUGGCGACGAUAAAUUCCUGCAAUAAACCGUCGAAAGCGUUGCGGAAGGCUGUGCCGUUCGCCAGAUCGGAGGAACGUUUGAUGGCGAGUUUGUGCCCCGAGACGGCCGCCAUUUUGGCGAACGAUAAGCUGAAGAAGUCGCCGGAUCAUGCCUCGGUGGUCGAAGCUUUGAGCUACUUCGAGGAUCACAAGAGCUUCUGGAAGUGCCCGCCGACACCACGGCCCUCGAAUCCGAAAUUGGCGCAAACAAGAGCGAUGCUAAGACAGAUGAGCAACGUGGCCGAUCAGUAUCUACGUGAUCUCGAGUCGACGUUCAAUUCCGGCCGGAUGACCAUCUCCAUGAAGGUGGCGCAAGAAUUGCUGAUGGUGUCUGGGGCCCUCGAGGACCCGAGCCGCUAUCAGAUAGCCGCGUACCACUAUCUGUCGCUGAUCCACGUCGCCUUGAAACGGCACGAUCGCGCGGUGUCCAAUGUGUCGCGACUGAUACGGUUGUCGAAGAGCACCGGGAACGUGGUGCAGAUCUGCCGGUCGUUCGUCACUCUGGGCAAGGUGCAUCUCAGUUUCGGACACUUGAACGCAGCAGCCAGGGCCUGGAAACACCUGGCUGGCGAUCUGAAGGAACCGAUUCCUGUCGCUUGGAUCAGACAUGAGAUCGGACGGUGUUACUCGGAGGCGGGGAAACACGUGGAGGCGAUGGAGAUGGCGAUCAAGUGCGUGGAGGCGGCCAUAGAGGCUCGUUCUACGAAGUGGUUGCUUCAUGGAAAGCUUCUGCUAGGUCAAAGCCUGGCGAGGCUGGGAAGACUAACGGACGCGUCGACGGAGCUUCAGAUCGCCGCGAACAUCACCGAGGAGGAGGGCGACACCCCGAUGCUGUCCUACAUCCGUGAGCUGAUCGAUCAGGUGGCCUGCGCUCUCCGUAGGAUCACGGACGUGAACGGGUGUAACGGCGGCGGGGAAUCGAACACUCAUUCGACAAGAACGAAAAAGGACGAGGAACAGUCGAGACGGUUCGCCAACCGUACGAAGACCGUGAUCACUACGAUGUUCGCCCAGAAGAGGGUGAUCAUGAAGUAUCGGGACGGUGGUUCGAGCAGCGACGCGUCAGUCGACGUCGACGAGGAGAUAACGAUGCAGACGGAAAGGAGCUUGCCGAGAUCGUGUCGUGACAGCACUGCAAGGUCGAAUCUUGAAAAGGAGCCAGUCGGUCGCGGAGGUGACACGUUCAGGGUCGAGGAGAAGGCCAGCGGGUCCAGUUCUUACUUCAGCGAAGAGUCCUCCAGCUCGUCGUCGGUUGACGGCGAACACGUCACGGUCAUCGAGGACGUUGAAGAGGACUUGGAGGAGAUAGCUCGUAAAACUGGCAGUAAUGUCGAGGACGAGGAACCAGGAACGAAACGCGGGACGAGCUCGACGUCCAUGAAGACUGUCAACACCGACGUUACCUAUGUGAUAGAACGCAGAGACGACAGUCUGUUGGGUAAAACAGACGAUGGAUACGAUGUGAUAGUUGGUAAAGAGAACCGCGAGAGGAUCAGGAAGCUAACGGGCGUUCAGAUGAUCCAAGAUCUGGCCAGGAAGAACGAGCUGGAGCUACUGGAAAUGGCCAGGGAUUUGCUGUUGAUGCCUGGCGCGGGUGAUCGAUCGGGGGAUCUACGGGAUUCUGGCGACAGAACGGCCUUGGAGUUUUGA